CCUGUAGAAAUUGGACAGCUUCGUCUGUUGAAUGGAAGAGGUCCCUGCUCUGGAAGAGUUGAAGUCUAUUACAAUGGUACCUGGGGAACCAUCUGUGAUCAUUCUUGGGACUUGAGUGAUGCCCAUGUGGUGUGCAGGCAGCUGGGCUGUGGAGUGGCUCUCAAAGCCAUGGUCUCUGCUCAUUUUGGACAAGGAUCAGGGCCCAUCUGGCUGGAUGAGCUUAGCUGCUCUGGAAACGAAUCCCACCUAGGGGAGUGCCCUUCCCUCCAUUGGGGUCAGCAUGACUGCAGGCACAAAGAGGAUGCGGGAGUCCUCUGCUUGGAAUCCCUGGAUCUCAGGCUGGGGAGUGAGGACCAUAAGCGCUCUGGAUGGCUAGAGGUUUUCUACAACGGAACGUGGGUUAGUGUUUGCUCCAACUCCAUGGACUACAAUACUGUAUCAGUGAUUUGCAGACAGCUGAAAUGUGGUGCCAAGGGAAAUAUUGAAACAUUUUCUCGCUCCCAAGAAAGUUUGCAGGCCUGGUGGAUAGACAAAAUCAACUGCCACGGUCAAGAAUCCUUCCUCUGGCAUUGUCCUUCUCAAUCUUGGGACCAGAAUUCUUGCCACCAGGGAGAAGAAGCUUUUAUCACAUGUGAAGCUUUGUCCAGAUAUGAAGAUUCUCUUUAUGAAGCUGUGUACCAAGAGAUUGAUUACCACCUGACAGGGGACAAGGAGGACUUUCUGAGCAGCCCAGAUAUCUCAAGUCAGCCUGAUGAUAGACCAGGUGAUGGGUAUGAUGAUGCUGAGAAAUUAUCUGGGCCUGAAAUUCCCCCUGUCACCCAGAUGAAUGAGGGGAGUAAUUGGGAGCCUACCAAUAACUGGGAUGACUACAGGGCAUCACACACAGAUGAGUGGUUCCCAACAGACUUAUUGACUUGA